UCCAAUCCAUAAAAUGAGUUUGUAGCGAUUGCACUCGAAAUGGUGACUUUCGCUCUUCUAAUUUUUCCAUACUUUAUAAUCGGCGGGGUUUCCGGUUUCGGUUCACAACCGAGGAUCAUUUCCCAAGAUGGCAACUUGGUAUUCAACUGCGGCGAAAAUAAGAAUAUCCGUUUCGUUACCAAGGGGGAAGGGAGGAUUUUCUUGAACGAGGGAGAUCUGACCAACGCCGCCGUCAUUGCGAAGAACGCCUCGGAUACGCUGCAUCGUAUUAAUACGGAAUAUUACGACACGUUCUUUCAAAUGAAGAAAUUUAAUCGCGUCAUCGAGGGGCGUCACGGUAUCUUACGAAGAUUGCAGGCCCUCGAAAUGGGAACGGCAGGAGUUAGAAAUUCGACUAACGGCACGUCUGUGGGAAGAGGAAGUUUACCAAUGAUUAACCGACGACUGCGUACCUUACAACGGAAAGUCGGUCGUCUCAUACGUUUACUGAGCAAGAACGAGUGCGCAAGUUCUCCAUGCGGAAACGGGGGCGUUUGCCAGGAUUUAUUUAACGGAUUUCUUUGCCAUUGCCCUGAAGAAUGGGAGGGAACCACUUGCGAAAAGGACGUGAAUGAAUGCGCGAAAUUUGCCGGAACAGAUUUGGGAUGCCAAAACGGCGCAACGUGCGUGAACAAACCCGGAUCAUAUGAAUGUGUAUGCAGUAAAGGGUGGUUUGGAAUACACUGCACCCGACAGUCGGCCAGUUGCACGGAAGGUUCAAUCGCCGAACUAUGCGGUCAUGGUACUUGCAUUCCUCAAAAUACUGGCCUCGGCUACAAGUGCCUAUGCGAUCAGGGGUGGACAACAAAUGGCGUCAGUCCCGCUUGCAACACUGACGUGGACGAGUGCAAGUCGAAGAUGCCGUAUUGUUCUACCAACCCCCUUGUGCCUUGCGUAAAUACGCCUGGGUCGUUUACUUGCGGAAAUUGCCCGGAAGGUUACGUGGGAAAUGGACAUUACUGCACCGACAUUGACGAGUGCGCAAUCUUCAACGGCGGUUGCAGUGUUAACCCCCUAGUCAAAUGCAUCAACACACCGGGGUCCAGCAUGUGUGGUAGUUGCCCCCCGGGUUACAUGGGUGACGGUAAAUCCUGCUCGUUUCGUGGAAUCUGCGGCGUCAACAAUGGCGGAUGCAACCAUCUCGCUCAGUGCAGGGAUAACCCUAGUAUCAGUCCCACUUACGUAGAAUGCAUCUGCCCUAUGGGUUAUUCCGGAUCAGGUAUAGGGCCCAAUGGUUGUAUUCACAGCUCGCAAGGCGGCAACCCAUGCGAGAGUAACCCUUGUGUCCACGGUACCUGCGUUGUGGACAACAGUUCGAACUCGUACAUAUGCCAGUGUCAUCGCAGAUUUACAGGUCGAAAUUGUGACAUUCAAAAGGACGCGUGCCAGUCGAAUCCUUGUCGCAAUGGCGGCACCUGUCGUUCGCUAUUGAACAUUUCAUUUAAGUGCAUAUGUACGUCUUCGUACACCGGAAACUUCUGCGAGUCUGAGAGGCAAGCAUGCGGAGGAUUACUGAGAAGCCCAUCGGGAAACAUCAAAUACCCGGCCACUGCCAGUCACGUGUCCGAUCCCAAAGUGAAUUGCGCCUGGGUGAUUCAGACGAACAGAACAAAAGUGCUUAACAUAACGUUCACCAAGUUUAACUUGCAAAACUCGGGGACUUGCGUUCACGAUUGGUUGCAGAUACACGACGGACGUAACACAAUAGCACAGUCCCUCGGGCGAUUCUGUGGGACAGCGCUUCCGAAUGGUGGUGUCAUUAUGUCAACUCAUCAUCAGGUUUACCUGUGGUUGAGGAUCGAUUCGUCUUUUACGGGGACCAGUUUCGAACUCAGCUGGAAUUCAACAGAUCCAGUGUGCGGCGGGGAGGUAUCUGUGACAUCACAUGGAACGCUCCACUCACCCGGCUACCCCGGAAAAUACCCACUAAAUCGUGACUGCAUCUGGAAGCUGAGCGCAGCCUUGGGUAAACGUAUUCAAUUCCACUUCUUUACCUUGAUGAUCGGAAACAGCCUCGACUGUUCCGGAGAUUACCUACAAUUCUCCGAAGGUUACGGCACAUCGGAUAGGGUCCUGGCAAAAUACUGCAACACCUCCCAUCCCGAACCUCUAUACUCGGCAGGUCCCGAGGUGGUGAUACACUUCCACUCGGACGCGAUCAACAAUUACCCCGGUUUUCAGAUUUCGUACUCGACCAUGGAAAGCUUACCCGGUUGUGGAGGUGUCUUCACGGCUAUUACCGGCGAGCUGGGUUCUCCGGUGGAAGACGGUCGUUAUCCUCCGGACCUCAUCUGCGAGUACAAGAUUCAGGUGCCCGAAGAUUCCAGGAUCAAGAUCACAUUUUUGCUGUUCGAUUUGGAGGACGACAGCAGUUGCAGUUACGACUCUGUUACGGUACAUAACGGAGGUAGCUCCAGCGCGCCUCUCGUGAACAGGUAUUGCGGCCAUAAACUACCCCCGCCAUACACGUCGACGGGUAACCAACUGUUUAUAAUCUUCACGUCGGACUGGGGUAAUGCGGACGUCACCGAGCUGGGAUUUCGACUGAAAUACGAAAUCGUGUGCGGAGGAAUUUACACGGACCCGACGGGAGUUAUCGAAUCUCCAGGAUAUCCCAACAAAUAUGGCGAGGACCUGGUGUGCAUUUACGAAAUCGUACAACCUACAGGAAAGUCCAUUCUUUUGACGUUUUUGGACUUCGAUAUCGAGAUAGCGCAAGCGGGUUGUUUUGAUGCCUUGGAGAUUCGUGAUGGUGACAACGAGAAUUCCACGCUAGUCGGAGAGUACUGCGCUAACACGCCACCUGACGUACAGUCAACGUACAAUUACCUUUGGUUAAAAUUCGAAUCCGACUCAUCCGUCGGUUCCAAAGGGUUCCAGGCGAACUACUCCACCAUAGACGUUGGAUGCGGAGGAAUUGUAAAGGAGCACACUGGAACGAUCAAGUCGCCCGAACAUCCAAUCUCAUACCCGUCGGAUCAGACCUGCAUGUGGGUCAUAGUGGCGCCUCAGAACUACGUCGUUCAGUUGUCUUGGUUGCUGUUUUCGCUCGAGGAGAGUGCGACCUGCGGGUUUGAUUACGUCGAGGUGUACAACAAUCACACAGUGAAUGAGCUCGCUGGAAGAUACUGCGGAAACAAAUUGCCGCCAAAUAUGAUCAGCUCGUCCAAUGUCUUAACCAUCAAGUUUGUUAGUGAUGGGACAAUUACCUUCGAGGGCUUUAUGGUAUCAUAUGUGUUUGUCGAUCAAGAGAAUGCGUGUGGUGGUCGAUAUUUUGCAAGCAGCGGCGUCAUCAGGUCACCGUCUUAUCCCAACGAUUACCCGGCCAGUCGCGACUGCGAGUGGGUUAUCACGGUCGCUGCCGGACAACAAAUUCUGCUGAACGUUACCGACUUCGACAUGGAGAGUUCCACGAGCUGCAGUUACGAUUACUUGGAGAUUCGUAAUGGUGCGACAUCUUCCUCGCCCGUAAUCGGAAAGUAUUGUGGCAAUCAGAUCCUAAGGCAGAUUCCCUCUCACACCAACAAUUUGUACUUACAUUUUCAUUCGGACAUUGCCGAUUCACGCAAGGGAUUCCAAAUUAUAUGGGAGGGCACAACAACGGGUUGUGGCGGAACCCUGACGUCGCCCGUGGGCACCAUAAUGUCACCGAACUACCCCGAGCUGUCCGGCGACGGUGCCGAUUGUUUUUGGAAGAUCUACGUCAGCGCCGGUUCCCAAGUACAAACCGUCUUCGCCGACCUACAGCUCGAAGAAUGCCCGAAUGCGAGCUACGUCCAGAUUUUUGACGGACCCAACACUCGCGCAAAGUCGUUAGGUAAACUUUGCAAUAUUGGCAAUCUCCCGUUUAUUAGAUCGACGACCAACGUGGUGGGUAUUUUGUUUCGAGCGUCCGGCAACCAAAAGGCUAGAGGAUUUCAUUUACAGUACAACUCAGUAUGCCACAAUGUGCUAAAAGGAUUUCGGGGUACGAUAGAAAGCCCGAACUUCCCGCACCCUUCCCCAUACGCCGUUGAUUGUACUUGGAAAAUUGAAGUUGCAAUGGGGAACAGAAUCAACAUCUCUUUUUCGCACCUUAACCUAGACUCCGCCUCACCAGGGUGCACUACUGACUUUGUAAAAAUCAAAUACGCCGCCGAAAGUUCCGACAUGAUCGAUUACGGUACGUUCUGCGGAAAUGAAGACCCCGGAUUGAUCCAUUUAAACUCGCACAUUGCGGAGAUCAAUUACGUUACCAAUUCUACGACGGCCGGUUCCGGUUUCCGACUGGAAUGGCAACUUUCAGGUUGCGGAGGAAUUCUGACCAAGCCACAAGGAACGAUCUCCACGCCCAACUAUCCCAAAGCCUAUCCCGGCGGUACGCAAUGCGACUGGUCAAUCCAGGUGGAGUACGGUUUUAGCGUCGAAAUCACCUUUGAGGUCGUAGAUUUUGAGGCGUCUUCCGACUGCACCUUCGAUUACAUCUUGGUUACAAACGGUCCAGACGACACCUAUCCAGCGCUGACGAAAUUUUGCGCAAAAGGUACUAAGCCCGUUACAGUCACCGGUUCGGGAAACUCGAUGUUCGUGAGGUUUUUGAGCGAUUACUCCUACCACGGUACAGGAUUCUUCGCAAAUUACACGGCGAUCAAGUCAAAAUGCGGAGGAAAAAUGACGACUCCAAUUGGCUCCUUUCACUCUCCGAAUUAUCCCCAAAAUUACGACACUGCGUUAUUGUGCGACUGGACCAUUGAAAUCGAACAGAAUCAUCUGAUCGAAUUGAUAUUCUCUGAUCUGGAUAUCGUGGGCGAUAAUUGUACAAGUGAUUAUAUUAAGGUGUAUGAUGGUCCAUCGGUGGAGUCCCCACUAUUGAAGAUGAUCUGCGGCACCACCAAACCCGAACUGAUCCGAUCCACUAACAACUACAUGACCGUUGAAUUUCGAAGUGGCCAACAAUUUACGGCGAAGGGUUUUCUGGCGACCUACACCAUGGGCUGCGGAGCGAAUAUUGUCACGUCGGAAAGCGGCGUCAUAAGUACGCGGGAUUCUGUGCUAACAUCAGUUUCCCUGAAUAAUUGCUCAUGGACCAUAACGAACUCUGAUCUGUCUCAGCAUGUUACCUUGAUCAUCACGCACGUGCAUUUGUCCGACUGUAGCGACAACGAGCUCGCCCUGAGGAUAUACAACGGCCCGAGUAACGAAUCGGCCCUUUUCGGGGAGUACUGCGAGUAUCAGACUCCUCUACCUUUAGUGAGCGAGGGGAACUCGAUUCAUAUCGAGGCAAGGGAUGUCGACAUGAGUUUUUCGGCGAGUUACCACAUGCUCGAUACAGCAUGCGGAGGCACCUUAAAUUCGGCGUCGGGCUUCUUCGCCACCCCUAGGUACCCGAACAACUAUCUUUGCUGGACCGUUCAAAAGCUACAUCACAAUUUCAGGACCUGCAAGGGUUAUAAAAAGCGAAACUUUCAUCUUGUCUUCGUUAACAACAUUGACGGUAAACAAGUGUUCCAUUCUAUCCAUGUACCCUUUAAACUCCUAUCUACUGCGGUUGUAUUCACAGGCAACAAACUCUCGCUGAUCAUAAAAUCGCUCGACUUGGUGCCAUCGGACAACUGCUAUGAAGACUAUUUGGAAAUACGCGCCGAGAACAAUCGCGGAAAACUGUACGGAACCUACUGUAAGGAGAGUGAUAUUAGUAUCCAAAACAUUGGAAGCCUGUGGAUCUUCUUUAAAAGCGGACAUAACGUUGACGGCGCGACAGGCAAAGGGUUCGUGGCUGAAUACACUCUUGAUCACGGGGUCACCUUAUCCGGUGCCACGGGACAAAUUGCUUCUCCAUUGUAUCCGUAUUACUACAAGAAAAGCGAGGAAAUGUCCUGGACGGUGACCGUCACGUUUGGAAAGGCCAUUUUAAUUUCGUUUGCCGAUUUCUAUUUAGAGACGUACUCCAAUGAGGACUGCUUCUUGACUUUAAUGGAGGUAUAUGACGGAUAUAAUGAUGAAGCGCGCUCACUCAAAACCCUGUGCGGGAUAAGCCUUCCCGAGUCGAUUCAGUCAACCUCGAACGUCGUGUUUAUUAAAAUGAGGUUCGAAUCGCUUCGGCACGGAUCGAGAUUCCUGCUCGACUGGUUGGAGGUUGACCUACCGAUCAAGGAGCCUGCAAGUACAAAGGAGAUCGUUGAAGGUUGCGGCUACGAUGGGGUUAUAGAUAUGACGUCGAGAAGACUUUACCACCUCAAAUCGCCGGGCUAUCCGAACGGAUACAAUGUCGAUUUGAACUGCGAGUGGAUAUUUUCAUCGUCUCCAGGAUACCAUAUAGCUGUUAACUUUGUAAGGAUAGACCUGGAGGUUACUCAAGACAGCUGCUAUGCCGAUCAUAUAAAUAUAUAUAACAAAGCCAUGGACAGUGACGAAUGGGACUUGGUGGGAACUGUUUGUAACCUCAACGAUAGUGCCAAGGCUAUUCAUGGAGGUGGCCUGGUAAAAGUGCAGUUCGUAUCCGAUAGCUCGGUCAAUGGGACGGGUUUUGAUGCUCGUAUUCGAAACUUGUGCGGUUCAUCACUGAGUGGGCCUAACGGAGUUAUAUCAAUUAACACGACAGAGUUCACCUAUUUUGUCACAUGCGAGUGGAACGUUUCCGUACAACCUGGUAAGACGAUCCAUGUACAGUUUCUGGAACUCAAUCUACAAGGGGCGUCCACUCAUGAGCCUUGCGGAGGCUACCUCCUGCUCAAGAACGGGCAUUACCCCGAGUCACCAAACUUGGGCAUUGGGAAAUACUGCGAUGACACCAACCCAGGAAUACUCAACACGACCGGAAACCAGCUAUAUGUGAAAUACCUGGGAUAUCCCGGACAGGGCUUUAAACUAUUAUACAAGGAAGCGUCGAAUAACUGCGGCGGAACAAUAGCUCUCUCCAAAUAUUACAACACCACCACGAUCUCGUCCCCCAACUACCCCAACAUUCCGCCAUCAUUCUCCGAGUGCUUCUGGAUCAUUAUAGCGCCGCAAGGGGAGUCGCUUAGAGUGGAUUUCGUCGAGAGGUUCGAUCUCACCCUCAGCCAGGACUGUACGAAGGCGGCGGUCGAAGUUAGGGACGGAGGUUCCAAAUUUUCACCGUUAGUGGCUCAAUUCUGCGGCAACAUUCCCAAUUCGACGUUCUCCAGCGACGACAUGAUCCACGUGCGAUUCUUCACGGCGAUGAAGGAUCCGCGCAACGGUUUCAAAGCGGAAGUUUCAAUCGCCAGUUGCGGCGGAAUAGUUAGAUCGGCGGCGGGGGAGAUUCGUUCGCCACAUUUCGACGUCAAGUCCAUGUACCCGAUCAAUGCAAAUUGCAUUUGGCACUUAAUCGCACCGCUAGAUCAUAGUGUAAUUGUUCACUUCAAAGUGCUAGAUGUACCAGGAGGUGAAGAGGGCUGUUUGUCGGGCGAUCACGUAUCUCUGGAGGAAAAUUUUAAGUUCAAUAAUACCAUUACAACAAUUGGGGUCGUCUGUGGGAAUUCGAGCCCGAAUGAAAUACGUUCUUCCAGUAACGAGGUCAUAGUCCACUUCGUCACGGGCAGUGUAGAAAGGGCCGCGCGCGGUUUUUAUUUAGAAUUCAACUCAAGCCAGGAAGUUUGUGGCGGAAAACUCAAUACGGAGAUGGGAGUCAUCACGACGCUCGGCUACCCCAAGUCGACUUUAAAUUCGAUCGAAUGCGAGUGGACAAUAACCGUCCCGGAAGAUAGAAGGGUUCUAUUUGAGUUUGACGAUUUGGACUUUGAUGGUGGUGGGAUGUUUGGUCAAGGGGUUUCUUUCUACAACGACGAGGAGUAUACUUCGUUUAUCAGGUUGAUCAAAAAUAAUACCGUGGUCCCCAUUCGAUCUAGUGGAAAUAUCUUGCACGUAUUGUAUUGGACCAGUAGGGCAUCGACCAGCCGAGGUUUCACAGCUCAUUACUCCUCAUAUGAGCCCACACUCUGUAUCGGCAAUUUUAAAGCCAGCCAAGGUGUUUUGAAAACCGUAAAUGCGUCAACGUAUUACUGCAAAUGGAAGCAUGUUUCUACGAGUUCCUGGCAAACUUUCGCGGUAUCUCUAAGUGUAAUGAUAAGUGAACAAUCGGAAUCGCAAAGUUGCAAAUAUCCGGCGGCUGCAGUUAUAAUUACAUCAGAUAACGAGGAGAAUGAGCUGGCGAAAGUGUGUAGAUCGACCCAGCAACCCCUAGUGGUGAGAUCCCCGCAUGGUAUUACAAAGCUAAUCGCUUACCAAACCAAAAGCAAAAGCGUGUUGCAAUACACUGUAAGCUACAAGACGCACGCCUGUGGCGGAGUAUUGAACAACCAGGAGGGAGUGAUAACCAGUCCCGGUUACCCAGGAAAACCACGCGCAUCCGUCGAAUGCGCGUGGCUUUUAAAACUGCCGGUCAAUCAACAGAUCAACAUUCAGUUUGAAAAUGUCGAUUUCGAUGCAAACUGCGACUACAAUUACCUCCUCUUGUACAACGGAGAAUCCUCUACCAGCCCAAAAAUUGGCCACUUUUGUAAAAACAACAAACCUACAACCUUUUCCACGCAGGGCAACACGUUGCUCGUGGAAUACCACUGGGACGACAGAAGCGCGGGCACUGGCUUCAAGAUGCGCUACCAGCCAAGUAUCGGAGGGUGCGGAGGCGUCUUUCAUGAUCAUACCCGAAUAAUCGAAUCGCUCGCCUAUCCGAAAGACUAUCCGAACAACGCCGAAUGUGAAUGGGAGGUCAUAGCCGAUCCGGGAUAUUCCAUCACCUUGGAUUUCAUUGAUAGGUUCUACAUUGAGGAGAGUAACGGGUGCAGUAAUGAUUUUGUCGAGGUUUUCAACUAUAACCAUGGCGUAUGGGAAUCGCUAGGCAAAAAGUGUGGAAGGGUUGCCCCCGAAAGUUACAAUUCAACUUCUAACAAGUUAAAGAUUCUAUUUAGAAGCAACGAUAAACUGACCGCUACUGGUUUCAAGGCUCGAUGGACAAUGCACUGUGGCGGAACUUUCGAAGCGGAUAGCAAAGAAAGGUACAUAGUGAGCCCUGGCUAUCCCAACGAUUACAACGACAGUCUAUUGUGCGUCUAUAACAUCACCGCGCCGGAUUCGUACGUGAUUAUUAAUUUCCAAGAUUUCGCCUUGGAAGGGUAUUAUUGUAAAUCGGAUAACGUUACUAUUGCCGCCGCUUACGAGGAGACAGUACAUUGUGGUACAAAAAAGCCGGAUCCAGUGCGUGCCAGUGAAAAAGUUGUGAUCACGUUUAGGACAGACGAAUGGGUCACCAGGCGCGGCUUCAAAUUUGUAUACAAAAGAGACGAUUGUGGUGGAAUCAUCAGAGAACCCACGAUUAUAUCGUCACACACAACAUUUAGCAACGAUGAGGAUCCCUACAGUAUAUCAAUGGACUGCUACUGGAAUAUUAGUGCACCUGAAGACAAGCAUGUGGUAUUAAGAUUUCUGAAGUUUGACCUAGAACACAAUCAGGAAUGCAGCUUCGAUUUCCUGGAGGUGUUUGAUGGUAGCGCUGCAAACGAAUCUUCGAGAUUAGCGUUACUCUGUGGCAAUCUUACCGCACAACUGCCGGUGAUUAAAUCGGUCGGAAGUAAGGUGGUGGUGCAUUUUAAGACGGACUUUUCAAACAAUUACGGUGGAUUUAAGGCGGUUGUGUAUUUUAACUAUGGUCCCCGUUCAGGUUGCGGCGGUCAAAUAAAGGUCGCCGACAGUUCAGUUAUAAAAGCUCCACACGGACUGGGCAACCUAGACUGCCAUUGGGAAAUAAUGGCCGAGAGAGACCACAUCCUCAAGCUCGCGUUUACCGAACUGAACCUCGAGCCGUGCUCGACGAAUCAAACCAUCGGUUUCAAUAAUUGCAGCUGCAAUAUCGUCGAGGUAAGGGAUGGUGGGCCAAUCUCGGAGGUGAUCGAGAAAAUUUGCGACAAUACAAAUAAACCGGAAGUGGUAACGAGCGGCCAUAUCGCAUGGUUAAGGUUGUACACUUUGGGAGAUACCAAAAGUCGCGCGUUUGAAGUCACUGUCACGAGCCAGCUUUCGCUCUGUGGACCUUCUCUAUUAAACGUAACGGACCAAAAGCAAGUGCUGACCUCUCCAGGUUAUCCAAGUCCCUACCCCAACAACUUGCUAUGCAGAUGGCGUUUGCAAAGUGACAACGUUUGGGACAGAUUCGAUCUACACUUCGUUGACUUCGAUUUGGAGGAUGCAAGCGGGAGCGGAGGUUGCACGAAGGAUAAGGUUCAAAUCGCAGAUAAGAGUUACAGCGUUAUCACAGAGGGUUUGGGAACGUCUGCAAUAUUUACAGGACAAACCAGCACGCCCAAUGACGGUCCUUUGCCUCUACCGGUCGGAGUUCACGAGUACUGUGGAAAAACGACUCACGCAUUCGACUACUACUCUGGAGAAAAUGAGGUUGUGCUAUCUUUCCUCAGCGGGUUUAAUAAUCCACAUGGCAGGGGAUUCAGGAUGGAAUAUCGUCUGACAGGUUGCAACAGAAACUUUACCUCAAUUCAAGGACGGUUAAAGGUUGAAAACGUAAUGGCGAACUGUCUGAUUACAAUCACCGUGCCUGAAAAUAACACGAUAUCAUUGUUCUUUUUGGAAUUCUUUUUGGAAGAAACCGUAGGGUGCGAACAUACCUUUUUGGACGUAACUGACGGCGAUUCCGCAUCGUCCCCGAAAUUGGCAAGGCUGUGCGGCUACGUAACGCCAGAUCCAAUAUUUUCCACCGGGAACAAGCUGUGGAUAAACGUCUCGCUGGCCGAUCCUUACAAGUUUGAUGCGGUUUACACCUCGUCGCCGAACGGUAGGGGAUGCGGUGGUACAUUCUACAACUAUGCCGGUACGUUCACAAGCCCAAUGUACCCGCAUGAAUAUAGGGAGAGAAAAACGUGCGUUUGGGAGAUAAGGGUGCCGCAAGCCAGGCGGGCUGCCCUUAGAUUUUCCACGUUUGAUAUUAACGGGGCCAGUUUACAAGUGAUAACAUAUAACAAGGACGGGUCGGAAAGUACAGUCUUCAACUAUGCAGAUAAGGACGAACCAGCUGUCAUUGUUUCGGAGAACAAUCGACUGGCCGUGAAAUAUACAACAACGGUAAAUAGCGGUGGUGCCGGAUUUAUCGCCCUAUUCAGAGCAGUUACCACAGAUGGUGUCGUUAAUUGGUUAUACUGAUCUACAUAUUACGUAGGUAUUAACACAGUUGUAAUUUGCAGCAAAUAAAAAGGCUGGUUUGGAAA